AAACAUUUAAAAUUUUACAAUGUACAGUUUUCCGAUCCCAGAGCUCAAAAUCACAUAAAACAAAUAUACCUGUUUGCUCUUGGAUAACUGUCAGGAUUGUCAGUUAUUCCCGCCAUUCGAGUAAAAGCCCCAAUCUAAUUGUUUUGUGAUAGUGUUUCUUUAUUUUGUUAAUUAUUAACGCCGGCUGAUGGCUUCAGUAGACGAUAUUACCGGUCAGUUUGAAUUGUUCAACAUAAAGCCCACUAACGAAGUGGUCUCGAAAUGUUUGGACUUGUGUUUGAAAUACAAUAUCAGCGGAGAGGAUAUGGUGGACCAGUGGUUUGCCUAUACAACCUCGGUGUUGAAUGGCGCAGCCCCAUCAUUGGAAUACCUGGAGAAAUUGGAGAGAAAGGAGUUGAUGAAGAAGAAGGAUCACACUGAUCAACAUACAUCGCCUGUGGUCGUCUCUGAGGAGUUGCUGGAUAAGCCUGAUAAUCUGAUAAGAACUCCAAAGGGAAACCAUGGCGGACCAAAGAGGAUUCAAACCCCCGCCGCACAUGGCCGAAAGUUAUUGGAUGAAAACAUGGACAUUUCAAUAACAAGCAGCCCUAGUGGUUCGUGCAUCGUGUACGCUCAACGACCAGAUUCCCGAUCAGUUCGAUGCUCCUACGGCUUGGCCAAAGCUAAAUUCCAUCGGUCUGGAGAUCUGGACCUGCAGGUGAAGCCUCUAUAUGAAGACGGCCUGCAGCCCAAUCAGAAAUGGAUGCACGAAGUGCUGGGCAGAAGAUCCAAGUGCAUCGACAUGAUGAUUGAAGAUUUCUUCAGCGCCAUUAUGCACAAGCACCAGCUGAAGCUACCCGAUGUUCAGGAUACUAUUGGGGAUGGUAUUCUGCUUUAUGGACGGAUAAUUAGCGACGCGGGUGGCAAGCUGAACAAUCAGUCGGUUUUACUGGAGCAAACACAGGCGCACAGGGGUAACACGGUGACUUUGAAUCUGUCGAAGCUUAAGAAAUACUCACUGUUUUCUGGACAAGUGGUGGCAGUGAAAGGGACCUACUUGAAAAGCGGCAAUCAGAAGGACAAGUUUGUUGUGGAUGCGAUUUAUUCGGACGCCAGUUUUCACUUUUUGCCUGACCCACCUCUGAUCAAAGAUACUCUACAAGUUGUGGUGGCUUGCGGACCGUUCACAGUGCGGGACAACCUUUGUUUCGAGCCACUCAGCGACCUUCUGCAGUACGUGAAAGAAUACAAGCCGCAUGUGCUGAUUCUAACCGGUCCGUUCUACGACGAAAACCACCAAGGAGUUCACAAUGGCGAGCUGAGACAAUCUACGGAUAGUUUUUUCCGCGACCUGAUUCACAGUACCAUGCACGAAGUGCCAGAAACUCAUGUGAUUGUCGUUUCUUCUCGGAAGGAACCGCAUCACUUUCCCGUCUAUCCGACUCCUCCUUACGAAGUGGGUCAGGACUAUGCGAAUCUUACUUUAAUGCCCGAUCCCUGUAUGGUGAAUAUCAAUGGACUGGUUGUUGGUACUACCACAGCGGAUAUUCUGUUCGAUAUUGGGAGUUUUGAGUGUAGCGUCGAUCAAUCGAACCGCGGGCCGCCAGACCGUAUAGGCCGCUUGGCUUCAUAUCUGUUGACGCAGCAAAGCUUCUACCCCCUAGAUCCAGCUGGUAAGGACGUAUACAUAGAUCUCACCCUCAUGGAAAGAAAUGGAGUGAUGGAGGUGAAACCGCACAUUUUAAUUUUGCCGUCCAACUUGAGGUUUUUUGUCAAGGAAAUCAACGGUUGCUUGGUAGUCAACCCAGAAAGACUCUCAAAAGGAUCCGGAGGCGGUUCGUUUGCCCGGAUUGAAAUAUCACCCGGUUCGACGCAGAGUAUUUGCGGACGAACUGCUUGCGAAGUGCUGAAAAUCUAACUCUUAGAGGAAUAAGAAUUAGUAAAAGAUAUCGUUUAUUUAUUUUAUGGAAAUAUUCAAUAUUUCUAGUGUUUCAGUUCAUGGUUUUUUAUUCGUAGAGAGUAAUUACAACGAGUAUAAAGCUG